CGGCACAGCGUCCAGCAGAGCAGACAGGAGUAGGAAGGUGGAUGGUGGACUUUUUAGGGUUUCAAGACCGACCCGCCAAUUCCCCACUUUGACCAUCUUCCCCCCUUCUUCUUCUCCCUCUCUCCCUCGCUCCAUCUCCGCUCUCUCGCAUGAAUCGGGUCCUGAUCCGGGUCCCAGUCGGCCAAUCGGAUCCCUUCAGCUCCGGCAUCGGCACCGCCGCCGCCAAUGGCGUCCAAGGCGGCUUCCGCUUCUGCCUCCGCCAGCAGAUCGGAGCCUCCCGAGGAUCCCCCGCCGGCAAGGACAAGUGAAACAGUGCCUUUUGCGAAAGAGAUAGUAUCAGUUAUUGAUGCUAUAAAGGAGCAAGUUGCAGCUGACCGUUGUACUUACGUUAAGAAAAAAAUUGCAGAAAAUAAACGGAAGCUGGUUGGAGUCACAACACAUGUAUAUAACUUAUCAAGGCAGAGAAGAAAUGAUCAAUGUACUGAUAAUGUUACCGACAAUAACGUAGAUCUACUGGCAAAGAGGCAAGCAGAUGCACUUGGUAUGCAAAUUGGUAUAGAAUCAAGCAAUGCAGAUAAGGAAAGCAAUAGCAACAAUGAGGAGGGUCACACUUCCACAGCAGUUCUUUUAGGAUCUAGUAUCCCUGUGAAGAAUGCUGUGCGCCCAAUUAAGCUCCCAGAAAUCAAAAGAUUGCCUCCUUAUACAACAUGGAUAUUUUUGGACAGAAAUCAAAGAAUGACAGAAGAUCAAUCGGUAUUGGGUCGAAGAAGAAUUUAUUAUGAUCAAAAUGGCGGGGAAGCACUUAUUUGCAGUGACAGUGAAGAGGAAGCAAUUGACGACGAAGAAGAAAAGAGAGAGUUUACAGAAUCUGAAGAUUAUAUUCUUCGCAUGACCAUCAAAAAGGCUGGUUUAUCUGAUCCGGUGCUGGAAGCGGUGGCAAACUGUUUAUCUAGGAGUCCUUCUGAAGUGAAGGCAAGAUAUGAUAUCCUUGUUAAGGAUGAAAAGGCUGUGGGGGGCACAAAAACUGAAGAUAAUGAAGAGACAUCUCAAACUAUGAAUUCUUUUCUUGAUAAAGAUCUUGAGGCUGCAUUAGAUUCUUUUGACAACCUUUUUUGUCGUCGAUGUCUUGUGUUCGAUUGCAGAUUACAUGGAUGCUCUCAGGAUCUUGUCUUUCCUACUGAGAAACAACUUCCCUGGAGCCAUCCCGAUGAGGGAAAGGUGCCAUGUGGGCCUAACUGUUACCGCUCGGCUGUAAAGUCAGAAAAAGCUGCUAUGUGUGGUAAUAUUGGAGAAAAGUCUACUCCUACAGCUAACGGUCCUAAGGUGCAGAAAAUGCCCAAGAAGAAAUCAUCUGGUUCAUCUUCUAGGAUUCAGCUGAAGUCCUGCCAAAGUGAAAGUGCCUCAUCCAAUGCAAAAAAUGCUUCAGAAAGUAGUGACUCGGAUGUAGGACCUGGAGAUGACACUUCUGCACAACUCUCAUCACCUUCCAAAACUAAAGUCACUGAUAAAAGUGGGAUUCACAAGAGAAACAGCAAGAGAGUGGCUGAACGUGUUCUCUUCAACAUGAGGAAAAGGCAGAAGAAGAUAGCACCUUCUGAUUCAGAUUCAAUUGCAAGUGGAAAUAUCCUCGUGAGUGAUAUAAAACUUAGGUCUAAUUCACAGAAGGAGAAUGAAGAAGCCAGUUCUUCGUCACAAAAAAAGGUGAAAUCUGCAACACGAGGAAGGCCUCGAAAGAAGAUUGUCCCAGUUGAGGAGAGCAGCAAUUUAGUGCAAGAUGAUGUUCCUGAUGGUCCGAGACAUGAAGUGAUUAAUGAUAAUCCCGCAGCUAGUACAAACGAUUCCUUGAGAAAAGAAGAAUUUAUUGAUGAAAACACAAGCAAGAGAGAAUUAAAUGAGGACAAGUCGUGGAAACCUCUUGAGAAAGGACUCUAUGAGAAAGGUUUGGAGAUAUUUGGUAGGAACAGCUGUUUAAUUGCAAGGAAUCUUUUAACUGGUUUGAAGACUUGUUGGGAGGUUUUCCAGUACAUGAACUUUUCUGAAAAUAAGCUAUUAGGCCAAGGCGUUGAUGGUUCUAACUGUCUAGGUGAAGGCUUUUCUAAGUUCGACUACAAUGGAAAUGUGGGUAACAAUGAAGCUAGAAGAAGAUCAAGAUUUUUGCGUAGGAGGGGCAGAGUUCGUCGCUUGAAAUACACUUGGAAGUCGGCUGCAUACCAUUCAAUCAGGAAAAGGAUUACUGAGAGAAAAGAUCAACCUUGUCGGCAGUAUAAUCCAUGUAAUUGCCAAACUGCUUGUGGAAAACAGUGUUCCUGUCUUCUAAAUGGCACUUGCUGUGAAAAGUACUGUGGAUGCCCAAAGAGCUGCAAGAACAGAUUUAGAGGCUGUCAUUGUGCUAAAAGCCAAUGUAGGAGUCGCCAAUGUCCAUGCUUUGCAGCUGACAGAGAAUGCGAUCCAGACGUUUGUCGGAAUUGUUGGGUCAGCUGUGGUGAUGGAACCCUUGGUGUUCCUAAUCAGAGAGGCGAUAAUUAUGAAUGCAGAAACAUGAAACUGCUUCUGAAACAACAGCAAAGGGUGUUGCUUGGGAGAUCCGAUGUAUCGGGCUGGGGAGCCUUCUUGAAGAAUACUGUUGGCAAGCAUGAAUAUCUUGGAGAGUAUACUGGAGAGCUGAUUUCACACAGGGAAGCUGAUAAACGUGGGAAGAUAUACGAUCGUGAGAAUUCGUCAUUUCUUUUUAACUUGAAUGAUCAGUUUGUUCUCGAUGCUUAUCGGAAAGGUGACAAAUUGAAAUUUGCUAAUCAUUCUCCAGAUCCUAAUUGUUAUGCCAAGGUCAUCAUGGUGGCGGGAGAUCACAGGGUCGGGAUCUUCGCCAAGGAGAGGAUCGAGGCUGGGGAGGAACUCUUCUAUGAUUACCGUUAUGAGCCUGACCGAGCACCUGCCUGGGCACGGAAGCCCGAGGCCUCCGGGGCCAAAAAGGAGGAUGGUGCUCCUUCCACCGGCCGUGCAAAGAAACUCGCCUAACUCCGGCAAAUUCGUUUAUUUAACUCACUGAGACCUGGGAAAUUCUUUUUGGCCAAAUUCUUUCUUUUACAGGUAGAAGCAUCAUUCUGAUUGAUUCAACCGAGGGAGGGAAAUUGGGUUCGGAAUCGUUCCAUCUCGUGGAGGGCCAUUGUCAUCUCCACAUGUAACUUGUCAAUUAUAUUUUUUUUCCUUUCCUCCAUUUAUGUAUUAAGACCGAUGAAUGUUGUAGUUCCGAUCGAGUAAAUUCUUCUUCCAUUCUCAUAAACCA